AUGCUGCGGGGGAUUCCCUUUGAAGGGUUGCUGGACACUGGAGCUGAUGUCAGCAUUAUCCGGCAGGCUGAUUGGCCUAAAGAUUGGCCCUUAUGGCAAUCUAGUCAGACCCUCCAUGGGCUGGGAAUAGCUGACCAGCCACAGCAGAGUGCUUCCAUCAUUCCUUGGACUGACCGUGAAGGUCAUAAGGGCUCUUUUCAGCCUUAUGUCUGCACCGUUCCCGUGACCCUAUGGGGUCGAGAGGUCUUAAGUGUUAUGGGCCUUCACCUUAGCAAUGAGUUUUAUCAAGCCGGGAGCCAGCAGGCAUGGAAUAUCAUGGAGAAUAUGGGCUAUUCAGGAAAAGGUCUAGGCAAAAGUGAACAAGGGAGAAUAGAGCCAAUUCCAAUUAAACAGCAUCCAGAAAGGACAGGAUUGGGUUUUCAGCCGGGGCCACUGCGCAACGACAACGACAGCCACUAA